AUGAAGUUUUCGGAUCUGUUCCGCUUCUGGCGCCUGAAAGAGAGAGGCCACGCGGACAUUAAUGUCAAUCAAUUCUUGGCGACGCGGUCAGAGUACGACAUCUCAAGCUCUUGUCAGAGCUCGAUCUGGAGCCGGAAGCCGCGCAAAAGCAAGAUUAAAAAGACGAAGCCCGAGCGCCAGAAAAACGAGGUGAUCGAUUAUGACUCUGGCAACUACUCGUCUGGGCAAGGUCAGCUUCCGAAAAUGUCACGCUUCCGCGAGCAGCAGCGAUUUUGGGAGACGAAGACGCUUCAGAAAACGCCCAGGCAGAAAAAGUAA